AUGACUGAAUAUAGGAAACCUCCCGUCGACCCCGAUUUAAUAAAAUUCUCACAAAAAGACGACUACGACUCUCUUGCUAAAUAUUUAGUCGGUAACAUAUACCGAUAUCGUGAAAACAUAAUCAUACCCAGAGUAUUGGGUCCUGUUAUCAUUAAAACGAAUGAAGAGAAGAUGAUCGAGGCUACAGUUGAGAGUUGUCCGUUCAAAUCUUUCACCAGUUGUGUUAUAGGUUAUGGUUUGGGUGCUGCUGUGGGUUUAUUUACUUCGUCGCUCAUGCCCAAUAUGAGCGACCCGAUGGCACAACAAAAUCAAACAGCCAGAGAGAUCUUGAGAGAAAUGAAAAACUCAAUGUUGAGCUACGCCAAGAACUUUGCUAUACUUGGCGCAGUAUUUUCCGGGGUCGAAUGUUGUAUAGAAAGCGCGAGGGGCAAAUCGGAUUGGAAGAAUGGGACUUAUGCCGGUGGAGUUACCGGAGGGCUUAUAGGUUUAAGAGGUGGUUUAAAAGCUGGUGUAUUUGGUGCCGCUGGUUUUGCUGCAUUUUCAACUGUAAUAGAUUACUAUAUGCAUCAGCGCUAG